AUGUCUUCAAAUACUAGUGGUACUGCAGAUUUUAUUAUUCAAUCUCAAUAUAUUUCUCAAUAUUUGGGUCUUACGUUGGGUUUUGCUUUAUUCCUUUGUGGAAUUAUCGGUAAUUUUCUGAAUAUAAUUGUAUUUCUAUCGGUUGGUAAUUAUAAACAAAAUCCUUGUUCUCUUUAUAUGUUUAUUGGAUCAAUUCUCAAUUUACUUGAUGUUAUUAUUGGUAUUGGACCAAGAAUUUUAAUUUUAGGUUUUCAAAUAGAUUUGCAACAAAUGAAUCGUAUCUGGUGUAAAUUUCGAAUAUCAUUACUUAAUUUUCUUGGUCUCAGUUUAUCUACAAUUAUUUGUCUACAAUCUGUUGAUACUUUUCUUUGUACUUCACGAUCCGUUAAUUUACGACAACGAAGUAAUAUUAAACGUGCACGAUUAUUACUAUUGAUUAUUGGAUUAUUUUGGUCAAUGCAUGAAAUAACAACAUUUAUUUUACAAGAUAUUGUUAUUGUCAAUGGUAUACCAUCAUGUGUAAUGACAAGUUCCAUCUAUGCAUCGUAUCGUAGUUAUUUUAUAGUUCCUGUAACAACUAUCACUAUUCCUAUUUCAAUUAUUAGUAUCUUUGGGUUUUAUAGUUAUCGACAUUUUAUAAAUCAACUUGGAAAUGAUUCUCAUUCAUUUUCUGCAGUGACAAAACAAUUUACAAAAAUGGCUUUAUGUCAAAUUGUUAACGUAUUGUUAUUUCAAGGUCCAUUUGGAUGUGCAUCAAUCUAUUUCCUAGCUACGACAAAUGUUGUUAAAGAUUCUUAUCGACAAGCUCAAGAAAGAUUAGUUACAGCAUUUUUCAGUGUUUAUGUCUAUGGACUAUAUGCGACUCCUUUCUAUUGUUAUUGUAUUGCAUCGAAACGAUUUCGUAAUCAACUUUGUCAAGUAUUUCAUCGUUUUACAUGUCAACGAGCAAGUAAUCGAGUGCAACCAGAAACACAAUAA